AUGCGAAGAAGAGGCUAUUAUUGGCUCCUAUAUACAGUUUUACUAUUCGGUUUAUUCCAUAUUGUAAUCCACCGAGACACCACAGGUUCACGGAUACCUUUUCCUUCCACAAUUUCCUUAAAUAUAGUUAAACCAGAGAUCAAAUUCCCUUCUAAAGAAUAUUUUCAUUCUUUCUAUUUCAAUUGGAAGUUCGAAACAGAUACUUUGGCGACUUACGAAUUUCUAAACGAAACUCCGACUCUUUAUGAUUUUGUUUUAGGAAGUAAUUUGAUAAAUCGCAUUAGAUCUAUAAAAACUUUACAGGAUUUGACGGAAGGGCUUGAAAGCUAUGAAUUUGAUCCUAGGAUUACGCUGGCUGUUUAUUUUAGAGAGAUCUUGCUGGACGUCAGAAGGAAUAAGAAGCUACCCUUUAGUUGGUAUGAUUGGAAAGAUUUGGGAUCACAGCUGAAUAAGUUUAUCAAUCUUAAGAGUAAGGAUAGGCCAAAAUGUGACUUUGUUAUUAAUCAUAUGUUUCCCAAGGAUCAAUUGGUUCGCUUGGAAGGGCUUACAAGGAGUCACAUAUUUGAGUUCGGAAGAGAUGCGUAUUAUAGCUCAGUAGAGUCCAACAAAGCCGUGGAUACCAAAAGAUAUUGCAUAAACAAACAGCAAGGGAUGCUAUGUCCUGGUUUCGAGGUAAAAGAGGUGUAUGAAGAUUCCAGGCCUGAAAGUCUUGCUUUACAAGUGGCUUCAUAUCUUCUUAACUAUGGCGUUCGCCCAUUAUCCAUUUCAAUUAUAUUAGCGGACAUGGGCGUAUUACAGGUGGAAAUCGAACAAGGUAAGAAGCAUAGUCCGUUUGGCAUGAAUGAACUAUUCCAGAAAUAUAUUGCAGGGAUGGAGCCUUCCAAAAAUUUAACUUUCAAUCAUUUAUAUCUUUUUGACCUUUUACGAAGGUUCUUUGGGAAGCAAAAGACAGCAUCUAAUUUGGAAUUCCUUAGGGAGAUUCCGAAGGAAAGUUUUGACUUUGAUUUAGAUUCGGCGAUCCAGGAACUAGAACUCAGUGAAAAAAGACAGCGUUUGUCUAUUCAUGAUUCAAACUAUUUAAAGUCUCUGAAAUACAGCAAAACUAAGGGGGCUACUAAAUAUACUCAUUUUCGUAGUCCCAUUACGUUUCAGCAUGACUACAAAGGUCAGUCCAAACAUAUGGACAUUCGUUUUUUUUCUGGAUUAAUACCUUCCAAUUGGGACAAGCUGACUGCAUUGAAUUCGUUAAUUAGAUCUUGGUUUCAAUUUAUGAAUUCGCAGCACUUUACUUCUUGGCUUAUACGUGGAUCCUUGUAUUCUUAUUUAAACAAUGCCAGACAAUUCCCAUGGGAUGAUGGGUUUAAAGUACAUAUGCCGUUGAAUGAACUCACCAAGUUGGCAAGAAAAUUCAAUCAAAGUCUAAUCGUUCAAAACCCAAGAGAAGGAAACGGCCGCUUCUUUCUUGAUAUAUCACCGGUCAUGAUUGCCGCUGGUUUCCAAGGCAAUGGUUAUAUCGAUGCUAGAUUCAUUGAUGUAGACACUGGGUUAUAUGUGGGUAUAUCUAGUGUUCAAUUUACUUCGUACUGCAUAAAAAACGAAAGAAUUAUUAAUAAUUUAUUAGAAAACAUUGAGCAAACAUUUGGAGUCACUGGAAAUAUCGUAGAUGUCUUUAGUGAAAUAAAAAAGUAUGAAGGAACGGAUAAAAUGCUUCAAUUUAACCGUGAAAACAACCUAUUGAGUUAUAAAAAUCAAGAAUUAUUCAGACUAGAUGAUAUAUCUCCCUUGAGGCUAUCUGUAUAUCAUGGGGUGGCGACAUAUGUCGUAAACCAUCCAUUGAAAGUUCUCAGAGAUAGAUAUGUUGUAUCGCGCUACUUUUAUGGCGGCCGAAUGAAGUACUUCAGAUAUAGGUACUUCCCAGAACCAGCAAUGUGGCUUGAUUUCAAAGAUAUCUCUAAUUUAAUUGGAAGCGUUGAUUUAAUAGGUGGUCUAACCUUUAAGGCAGUUGAAGAACUAGCAUAUAAGAUGGCUAGCGGUUCUGGGAAUUUACAUCAGACAUUGAUUGAAUGGAUUAAUAGUUAUGAACUUAGUAAAUAUAGAAUGCUGGAGUUGAGUGUUCAGGUUGACGAAAACUUGUCAAUUGAACAAAAAUAUAACAUGCUAGAGGCUUUGACAACGGAUAUGAUGCCCAGUAAAUCCCCUUUUAAGGACCCAUUUUUAGAUAGAUAUCAAAGGAGAAUGUGGCAAAAACUAGCGAAGUCUAUGUUUUCGAUUGGUUUUAGACCUUCUGAUCUUCUUGAUCAGAGUGUCAUUGACUUUGAUACUGCGAGGUUUCAUCAUUUACGUGAUGUUAUCAAUACCACAUUGAAUGAGACAGCUACUAAAUUCCUUGAAAAAAUCUACAAUAACGAGUUGAUUUAUAACUUCUCAAAAGUCCAACCUGUAUUUUGGAUAAAAAAACAUCAUAACGAGGACGACAAUUACCGCAGACGGCAGCCAUUCGUACGUGAUUUCGGGUUAGAUAACAAUAAUAGCAAUGAUGACUAG